AUGAAGACCGCUAUUGCCUUGGUCGCCUUGGUUGCACUUACUCCUAGCGCCCUUGCACUAGGAAAGUGCCAUUAUGGUCAGAGGUAUUGUGGUAGCUGGCUUGUUUCCACUGACGGCUAUACCGAGAGUGACCUUCAGAACGCCCACCAUGGCCCCAACGUCGAUCCCUACCCACCACCUAACGGUGGAUGGAAAAGCUCUACGUACCUGUGCCUUCGAAACAAUCAGCUCGAAUUCACUGAAUAUUGCUAUGAAGGCUGCCACGAGACCGGGGGCAGCGGUGAGAAUGACUAUUGUGAACGUGAGUCAAUCUUACCAAAAGGCUAUACGGUCUACUAA